ACAUACUAGAAACCUAGACAAAAAUUACUGUGAUUAGUUACUGUCUUGAAAAAAAAAAAAAAAUAAAUAAAUAAAUAAAAACACUGAAGAAAUCACUGAACAAGCCGUAGAAGUUUUUACUGCACCCUCCCCCCAAAAAAAAAAAUUAACUAAAGCCAACGAAAAGCCAACUAAAGCCACAAAAAAAAACCAGUCACAAAAUAAAAAGACAUUUAAGUAGCUGAGACGAAAUUAUAUUUAAUAAAUAGUCUUAAAAAAAGUGGAGAAGCAGAGACAAAAGUGACUGUGUGGAGAAACUCUAGGAAUAUUUGCUCUCUUGAAAAAAUAAAUAAAUACAGAAAAACGUAAAAGAACAAAUAAAUAAAUAAAAUAAAAUAAAGCAGUCUAAAAUCACUUUGUGACAAGCCGUAUGAGUAUUUAUUCCCUUCAAAAGGAUAUAAAAAUCAUAUACCAUAAAAAAAAAAAAAGACAAUGAAUAAACAAAGGCAAAAAAAUAAUGAAUAAAUUUUGAAGUCUAAAAAAUAAAAAUGGAGAAGCUGAGAAUAAAUUCACUGUGUGGGCAUUCGUAUGAGAAUUUAUUGCCCUUAAAGUAAAAAAAAAAAAAAAAAAGUAAAUACAAAAAGCCACGAAAAGAAGCUGUGACGAAAGUCACUGUGUGAACAAGCCGUAGGAGUAUUUACUGCCUUAUAGAAAAAAAAAAGAAAAAAAAAACCGUAUCGAAACCAACACAAAAAUCAUUAUGACAAGCUUUAUGAAUAGUUACUGUCCCGAAGAAAUAAACAAAUAAAUAAAUAUAUUCCUUAAAAACAAAGACUGAAAAAUGACAAAAAAAAAAAAAUAUGGAUAAAACAUGUAGAAAAUGGAAAAAUGGAGACUAAAAUCACUGCGUGAACAAGCCGUAGGAGUAUUUACUGUCUAGAAAAAAAUAAAUAGAAAAAAGAAACAUUGAAGAAGGCGAAAAUAAAUAAAUAAAUAAAUAAAAAUCUAAAAAAAAAAAAAAAAAUGGAGAAGGCGAGACACAAUGCACUGUGUGCACAAACUGUAGGAGUAUUUACUGGUUAGAAAAAAGUAAAGAAAAAAAUAAAUAAAGGGUAGAAUAAAUAUAUUGAAGAACCUGAGACAAAAACCACUGUGUAAGUAAGUAUUCACUGGAAAAAAAAAAAAAAAAAGUAAAGAAGGCAACACAAACCUCACUGUCGCAAGCUGUAUGAAAAUAAACGAUCAAGAAAAACAAGCUGAAGAAGCCGAAACAAAAAUCUCUGAACAGGCCGCAGGAGUACUUACUGCCAAGAAAAAUAAGCAAAUAAAAUAAUACUAAAGGACACUGGAAAAGCUUGGUAAAUAAUCACUUUGUAAGAAACCGUAGGACUAUUUACUGCUUUAAAACAAAAAAAAGAAAAAUAUGCAUAAAAAAAAACAGAGACAUUGAAAAAAACAAAAAUAAUAAAUAAGGUCUAGAAAUAAAUAAAUAAAUAGAUAGAUAAAUAAAUAAAAAAACUGGCAAAAGCCAAGGCAAAAAUUAUGUGAAUAAGUCUCGGUUUACACGUUUUUAUGGAUUCCGUUUCCAUACAUCGUCCAUCAAUGACGUCACCACCGUUUCCGUUCGCGCUACUGUAGUGAGAACCGUGCUCCGUUUUACCUCUCCUUGAAUGGACGCCGUCGAGCGGAAGAGAUGAAUGGAGUUUACCUUUGUACGGAGAGACUCAACUUCAACAACAUGGACGGAAAACUUUCGCCAGAAGAGGGCAAGAAGAGGGAGGAGAGCAAGGAAGGGUACAUAACAAGAUGGAAGAGUGUUAUUCCUUGCCCUCCUGUGCCAGACACAAACCUUGCUUCUUUCCUUUUGAGAGAGAUGGCCAACCAUGGAGGAAAGCAGGCAUUGGUCGACGCCGUCACUGGACAGCACUACACCUACAGCGACAUAUGUGCGAUGGUGCCGCGCGUGUGUGCCAACCUUGCCGCGGCGGGCGUGAGUGCCGGGGAUGCGGUGCUGCUCGUCUCCCCAAAUGGCAUAGAAUUCCCCAUAGCCCAGUUGGCUAUCCAGCUCCUUCCCGCCACCUGUGUGGCAGCAAGCCCCUUUCUCUCUCCAGACGAGCUGGUCCACGUGAUGAGGGUGGGUAUGGCGAGCUGGGCUGUGGUGGACGAGAGUGUGUUGGGAGUGAUUGAAAAGGUCACUACCAUGCUCCCCAACACCCUAAGAGAAAUAUGGGUGAUAGGUUCCUCCUCCAAAAGCCAUCCUUCCUUCUAUUCACUCAUGAAGACGGAAAGAUGGGCUGCCUGGCCACCGCAAGUAGAGAACUCUUCCUUCAACCCAGCAAGGGAGGUGGCCUUGAUGCAGUUUUCCUCAGGGACAACAGGUCUCACCAAAGGUGUAAUGCUGUCUCAUCGCAACUUGCUCACACUCUACAUGCAAGUCAAAUGUUUUGUGGAGGAUGUGGACAAUAAAAAGAAGGCCAGUGGUGAACCUGACUCUGAAGCAGAUAUAUUGAGCAGGGUGCUUCUGUUCAUCCCUCUACACCACAACUAUGCCACUGUUACGUUUAAUUUUGUUGUCACUGUUGGCGGUUGUUGUGUGAUGAUGAAAACGUUCUCCCCACAUUCCUUUUUCAACGCGUUGCAAAAAUAUAAGAUUACGUAUGCGCCUAUUGUGCCGCACAUCGCCAACUUCCUGCUCCACACACCCUUGCUGAAGGAAUACGACAUCACCUCCCUCAAGUCGCUGAUUAGUGCAUCAGCCCCGCUUCCACCCUCGACUAAACAGGCCCUCACAACAAGGAUGGGCUGUGCCAUGAGACAAGGUUACGGGCUUACUGAGACCUGCGCUGGCGUCGCCACCACCAUCCCACAUGUUUAUUCCAAGAUGGGUUCAGUGGGACGUGUGAUGCCCUACCUGGAGGUGAAGAUCGUGGCUCCAGAGAGUAGUAAGGGACUCCCGCCAGGGGAGGAGGGGGAGGUGUGGGUGAGGAGCCCAGCGAUAAUGCUGGGGUACGCCAACGUCCCCGGAGGAGCCGCCUCCCCACCGGCACUGAAGGAAGGGGGAUGGCUGCCCACGGGAGACCUCGGCCACUGUGAUCAUGAAGGUUUUCUUUUCAUCACCGACAGGAUCAAGGACAUCAUCAAAGUGAAGGGCUUCCAGGUGUCCCCCAGAGAACUGGAGGAUGUGCUACGAAGGGUGGAGGGGGUGAGAGAAGUGGCGGUGAUAGGGGUGCCGUCUCCCCGCCUGGGUGAAGCCCCUCGAGCCUAUGUGGUGCCCCUCCCUGGGGAGGCGACUCCCUCCUCACAGGCCUUGAAGGACUAUGUAGCAGCGCGCCUGCCGCCACACAAGCACCUAGCUGGCGGCGUGCAGGUGGUGGACGCCAUCCCCAAGAACUCCAUUGGCAAGGUACUCAAGAGGCGCCUUCGCGACGAGUACCUCAGGGCUGAGGCGCCCAAGAAGACUGCUGGUCCGCCCUCCAAACUGUGACGCCUCACUCUGGUGGAGGUGGAGCUUGAAGUGUGUACUGGUAGCACUUUUUCUCCCGAGGAAUAACCCGUUCAGGUCACCAGACUUCAACCUGCCCUUUUCCCAGAAGUUGAGAGUGACCUUUCAAUACGGCCGGACGAUUUCGCUGUGUGUCAUCUCCCUUUGUACAUAAUUUUUGGAAGUACACAUACCGUGGAUAUAA